AUUACGAAAUGGUCCCUGUUUUUCUUGUAAACCACUAAAAUUUCAUCGAAAUGUUUCCCUUAUUAAUUAACAUGUUUGCGGUGAAUUAAUUACCUCAGUAAUAAUUUAUUUGAUUUAAAGGUGACUGUAGUUGAGAAUCGGAUCCCUAAAUCUUCCGUAUUUUUUAAUUUAAUCUUAAAUCUGCUGGGUUAAAUUUGGAGUAUAAAGUGUUGCCAUGUGACCAUCAAAAUACCCUUGAAAUUCAACAAGAAUAGUUAAAAGUGCUAGCUGUUUGGGACAACCAUUACAACCAUUCCGGUGAACCUCAAGCUCUCUACCAUUUCCAUUUCUUUUGUUUAUUAAUAAUCUAAAAUGAGCUCUCUGUUAAAAGGAUCCCGUAAGUUACUUCUCGGGAUCGGAUUAGCGGGUGCUGGAGCCGCUGUGUGGGCUAUUAUGGGUGGAGAUGAGGAUAAAGCAUUCAUCAAAGCAUCAGCAUUCUAUGAUCAUUAUAUAAAUAAUCCAAGAUAUUUUUACGAGCCUCCAGUCUCACAUAAAUGGGACUUCAAUUGGGAUCGUAGGCAAUCUGAUACAUUAAUGAAGACAUUGGAAGGUAAAUUUCGUGCAGAUGGUGAUAAAAAUGCUUCUAAAGAAAAAUUACAGAAAGCCAAAGUCAUAGCAAGUCGACAUUUAUUAUUCAUACGUCAUGGUCAAUAUGCUCUCAACGGUAAAACAGAUGAAGAAAGAACCUUAACAGAUCUUGGCCGUCAACAGGCUUAUUUUGCUGCUCAACGAUUGAAGGAACUUAAUCUUCCCUAUUCUCAAAUUGUUCAGUCAACAAUGACCCGAGCCAAACAAACAGCUCAGAUAAUCAGUAAAGAAUUGCCCGAUAUUCCUGUUUCUAGUAGUGACUUGCUUCGCGAAGGUUUACCUAUCGUCCCGGAGCCUUCAAGUUACAAAGAAGUAGAUAAUCUUAGAGCUUUCACUGAUGGUCCAAGGAUAGAGGCUGCCUUCCGAAGAUAUUUCUAUCGUGCAAAGCCUGAUCAAAAAGAGGACAGUUACGAAAUUUUCGUCUGUCAUGCAAAUGUCAUUCGUUAUUUUGUGUGCAGAGCAUUACAAUUACCUCCAGAGGCAUGGUUACGGUUUUCUCUUCACAAUUGUAGUAUGACAUGGAUUGCCAUUCGUCCAAGCGGUCGAGUAUCUGUUUAUACUGUUGGUGAUUGCGGUUUUAUUCCUUCAGGAAAGCUUACCACAAAUUAGUUGCGCCAGUUGCGAUUAGAGCUAUAAGAAAUUUCUAAUAAACCUUAUAAAUACCAGCAAAAGUCAUAUUCAAUAAUCUAAUGAUGAUGAUAUAACACAUGAAAAUACCUAUCUUUUGUACUAUAGAUUCUGUUGCUUCUCUUCAUAUAAAUUCACACUCAUUCGCAUAUUUUCUUCUUUCAUCUUCAUCAUCUUUUUGAUUUUCUUUUCUCUUAUGUAUACUACUGAAUCCAUGUUUUAUUUGAAAUGAGUCAUUCUUAGAUUUAAGAGAAUCUUCAAAUCAAGAUGUGCUGAAUUGAAUAAUUAAAUUUUGCCCCUUGAUCCACUCAUUAAA